ACACAUAUAAAAUAUUUGCAUAAAAGUGAUUUCCUAUAGUAAAACUGAAUUUUAUGUCUUCUUGAAACUAAAAGUCGUCAAAAUGAGUAAAAGUCAUUCGAAAAGUGGAGCCGGCCACAGCGGCAAACCACCCAAAACAAUCUCCAUACCGAGCAUUGAACAAAAGAACAAGCAAAUGCAACAGGAGACGCUGAUGGAGAAGCUACGCGCCAAGUACCGCAAUAAGCCAAAGAGCUACGAGGAAAUCAAGAAAUCGGUGCGCAUGUAUUUCAUAGAGAAGCAUUAUCCGCUGGACCCACUCUGCAAGGCAGCGCUGCAGUCGGCAUUGGAUAAACUGCAGCACUACAUCAAAGUCACGUCCCGGCACGGUCUUGUGGAGCGKUUGGAGAGUCUGUCCCGCCAGCUGGGCCUCAAAUUCAUGGAGGAUCAGCAAACGCUAUUCAUUUCCACAGACAUGUUCUACGUGGAGAUCCUGCUGGACGCCAGUGCGAGCGAUUUGCUGCUCACUCUAGGAAGCAGUGGCACAAUGGGAUCAGGUGAUGGCAUCGACGAGGAGCUGCUCGCCAGCUUGGCCGGCGAAUGA